AUGGCUCCCUCUGGUCUUCGCCAGUGCAUGCACGAUGUCAGCCCUUACCUGCUGCUACUGAUCUGUGUCUCGACGCUGGGCCCCCUGCAGUUCGGCUUCCAUCUAGCCGAGCUCAACGCGCCCCAAGAUGUCCUCACUUGCCGGAAGAAGUCGAUCCAGGCCAAGACCACCAUGCUGAAAUGGGUGCACUCCAAGUCGCCCGACACCGAGAGCUGGCUCCCCGACUGUAUUCCCAUGACCGAUGCCGUCUUCGCGACCGUUUCCUCGAUCUUCACCGUCGGCGGCCUGAUCGGUGCCCUCUGCGCCGGCCCCUUCUCCUCUAAGCGCGGCCGCUUGCCUGCGAUGCGCCUGACCGCGGUUUUUUACAUCAUUGGUGCUGUUAUCGAGACGCUUGCCGGCAACGCGCCAGUCCUGUCGAUCGGCCGUUUCUUCACUGGUGCCGCGGCUGGAGCUUCGACUGUCAUUGUGCCGCUGUACAUCAGUGAGAUUGCACCGCCCAAGGAGCGCGGCCUGUUCGGCGCCAUGACACAGGUCUCCAUCAACGUCGGCAUUUUGGGAGUCCAGACUCUGGGAUACUUCUUGAGCUACGGAAAGCAGUGGCGCUGGAUCCUGGCCGCUGGUGUGAUUGUUUCUCUGGCCCAGGCCUCGGGUCUGCUCCUUGUUCCCGAGAGCCCGGCUUGGCUUGCUGCCAACGGAGAUGCUCCAAAGGCCCGCCGCACCCUGCAGCGGAUCCGCGGCAAGGACUUUGACAUCAAGGAGGAGGUCGAGGCUUGGGACGCCGAUAAUGCCGUUGCUGAGGCGGAGGGUCUCUUGGCCCAGAGCGACGCUACGCCCCCGACUUCUCCAGGGCUUCCCAAGAAGACUUCGCCCGUCCACCUCGGCUUCUUUGAGGUUGUCAAGGAGCCGCUCUACAGGCCCGCCAUCGCUGCUGUUGUCGGCAUCAUGUUUGCGCAGCAGCUGUGCGGUAUCAACUCGAUCAUCAUGUACUCCGUGUCCCUCCUGACGGACCUUCUCCCCGUCAGCUCUGCCCUGCUUACCAUUCUGAUCUCCGUUGUCAACCUGAUCACCACGGCUGCGUGCUCGCCGCUGCCCGACAAGCUUGGCCGAAAGAGGUGCAUCCUGAUUUCCAUCAUCGGCCAGGGCACCAGCUCCCUGAUCCUUGCUCUCUCGAUCAAGUUUGGCGUCAAGAUCUUGUCGGCGGUUUCCGUCGUGUCUUUUGUGGCCUUCUUCGCUGUUGGUCUUGGUCCAGUGCCCUUCAUUCUCGCGUCGGAGCUGGUCGGACAGGAGGCUGUUGGCGCCAUUCAGUCGUGGUCUUUGGGUGCGAAUUACGUAGCAACGUUCCUGGUUGCUCAAUUCUUCCCUAUUGUCAACAACUUCCUGAACCAACUGCUUGGCGGUGCAGGCUGGGUGUACUUCCUGUUUGCCGGAUUUGCGCUAUUGUUUGCGCUCUUCGUGUCUGUCAAGGUGCCGGAGACGCUUGGAAAGAAGGAUGCCGACGAAGUCUGGGGUCGGACCCGUCGCUUGGAUUAA